CAGCGGGCGCAGAGCCGCAGAUACGAGGUGGUGCCCACAGCAGCCCUGCUGAAUGCAUACCAGAUCCACACGCUGACAGCAACAGCCGACAUGCGGUGGGUGUUCAGCGGGGGCGCCGACGGGUACAUCAAGCGGUGGGACUUUGCAGCGACCAUGAACGGCCGGCAGAUGAUGACGCAGGGGCAGCGGCAUGCGCACGUGGACAGCGUCUCCAAGGCCGGCGUCAUGGCUGGGUACUGGGAGCAUUCGGACAACGACGUGCUGUCGCCGGUGUUCAGCAUGGACGUGCAGGCCCAGGCGCUGUGGCUGGUGUCGGGCAUGCAGAGCGGCCGCAUUGCCCUGUGGAGUGUGCGCCAUGACGAGGGCCGGAAGCUGCACGUGCUCAGCAAGCACCGCCAGCCCGUGUCGGUGCUGCGCAUUUCCCCCGAUGAGCGCGGCCUGGUCAGCGGCGCCUGGGACCGCGCUGUGCUGUACUGGGACCUGGACUCGGGUCGCCUGGCCCGCAGCUUUGCCGGCCACGCCUCGCAGAUCAGCAGCAUUGCCUUCCAGCCCACAUGGGAUGCUGCCAAAUACAAUGCCUUGAAAAACUCCCCAGCAGACGACUCGCAGGCGCCAGCAGAGAACGAGGGCUUUGACUUCAAGACGCCCAGCCCCGUGCUGAUGACCGCCAGCAUCGACGGGCAGUGUCUGCUGUGGGACGUACGCAUGCGCGCUGCAUUGCCGCACCGCUUCGAUCCGCCGCCGCGCACCCCGCCCUGGGCUGCCUCUGCGUGCUGGAGCCCCGAUGGCAAGCGCAUCUUCGUCGGCCGCCGCAACAACACUGUCGACGAGUACGAGUUCAACCAGGGCAACCAGCCCGUCCGAUCCCUGCGCUUGCCGCCCAACUCGGGCCCUGUGACCGCGCUGGCUGCUUUGCCCAACAACCGCAGCCUGAUCUGCUGCUCCACCGAUAACGUGCGCAUGUGGGAUCUGGAUGAGCAGAAGGGCGUGCGCUUUAUGGUCAUCCCGGGCCACCACGGCAGCACCGUGUCGUGUGCCUUGGUCGACGAGGCUGCGCGCUUCAUGGUCACUGCCUGUGGGAACCGCGGGUGGGAUGGCGUCAGCAACAACGUGUGCUUGUGCUAUGAGAUCGAGAGCGUG